AUGAUGAUACCACGAUUGUCGAACCCGACCAGGGCAAUGCUUCGGCCCGGUGCCGAUCUGAGUCGCAUUGUCCUGCCUACCUUUAUCCUCGAACCGCGAAGUAUGCUCGAGCGCAUCACCAACUUCAUGUGCCAUCCCGAGAUGCUCCUACAUAUUCCUUCGAUCGACGACCCCACCGAGCGAUUCGUUGCCGUAGUCAAGUUCUACUUGAGCGGUUGGCACAUCCGACCCCCGGGUGUCAAGAAGCCUUUGAAUCCGAUCUUGGGCGAGGUCUUCUCCUGCUACUGGGAUCUUGAGCAGGGGAAAUCUAGGGCAUACUAUAUCUCCGAGCAAACGUCGCAUCACCCGCCCAAGUCCAGUUACUUCUACAUGGUACCAGACCACCACAUCCGAAUCGACGGAACAUUGAAACCUCGAAGCAGGUUCCUGGGGAACUCAGCAGCCAGUCUCAUGGAGGGUAUCGCCUACUUGAGCCUGUUGAACCGAGGCAAGGACAAGACGAAGGGGGAGCAAUAUGUGAUCACACAGCCCAACAUGUACGCGCGCGGUAUCAUGUUUGGAAAAAUGAAGUACGAGCUUGGCGACCAUAGCUUCGUUCGCUGCCCAGAACUCGACCUCACAGCCGACCUAGAAUUCAAGGUCAAGGGCUGGGUCGGUGGCACUUACAACGCCAUUGGCGGUGCUAUCAAGAGGGAAAGCACAGGCGAGGUUCUCUACGAGCUCUCCGGUCUGUGGAGUGAUGAGAUGUUCAUUCGCGACGUGACGACUGGCAAGCGUGAGAUGUUCUUCAACGCGACCAAAUCCAAGCCAAGUCCCCCGAAAGUCCGACCUAUCCGUGAACAAGCUGAUCGCGAAUCCCAACGAUUGUGGGAAAAGACGGCCAACGCGGUCAGGGAGCGCAAACAUGAGGUUGCGACAGAUGAGAAGACGACGAUUGAAGAUCGCCAGCGUGAAGAAGCAGCCAAGAGGUCUCGCGAGGGUAUUCAAUGGCAUCCGCGCUUGUUCCGCGCUGUCAAGGGUGGCCCGGGCCAGCCUGAGGAAGGCAUGAGUGAUCUAGAAUGGAUCAUUGAUGCGACAGUUGACCACACAGCAACCCCCGACCAGCAGGCUGGGCAGAUCAAGGGCAUCUAUCCGAUUGUGGAUGGUCAGCAGGCCACCUUGGACUUCCUCGACGGAAACCCGUCUAGUUCAACCAUGGUUGAGCCAAAGCCGCCUUCAGAAGAAGGACCGGGGACAGACAGUAGCAAAGACGCACCCAACGAGGAAUUGGUAGAGACGGGCCACGGUGACGCAGCUCCCACGACAGCGGAGCCAGCUUCGUUGCCCGCGCAAACGCCAGAUGAAAUUGAGAAGAUGCUGUCAUCAACGGGCAUGGGCAAGACCCUCCCUCAUGCCAUUGGUGACUAUGCAGUCUGCCUCUUCAUUGAGGCUAUGAAUCCCUGA